AAGAUAAGAGUAAGCCGACUUUCCAAAACCAUCUACAGUUGCCGUCCGAUCAUAAACCCACAGAAACACUCCGACUUGAUAUUAUAUAUAUACUCGCCGCCUUCAGCCUUCUAUACCGGCCAUUCCUCGUUCGAAAAUGGAUUUUACGAUCGCCAAAGCUAAAUCACACUCGAUCUCCUCCACCACAACUCCGCCGGAAACCGAUGAUCUGGGUCAUGGUGCUACAGAUCCGGUAACUACUCAACUCCAACUGGCUCAUUAUCAGUCCGCUGCUUCUCUCGACAAAGAGGCGGUUCUCCGGCGAAUUCGUUACCACAAACGCUUACGCAAACUCAAAUGCACAUUUGAGUCUCUGGUGAAUAAGAGCCCUAGCGAUGGAUACGACAAGUGGUUUGAACCCACCGAUUCAUUCACUUCUCCUUGAAGAUUAAAUACCCCCGCAGAGAUGAUUUGCGUAUGGAAAUACUACACGAUGACUUGAAUGUACGACAAGUACUGCGCAGAGUACAAGGGGGUGUUGCAAAGAGCAGACCUUGGAAGGUUGAGAUUUAAGAAUGGAAGGUGUUUGAACUUUGAAUGCCCUUCAAUCCUGGUAGUAUAUAAUAUUAAUCGAUAAACAUCUGUUUCUUUUUUAGGAAACGUUAGAAUAUUAGUUUAUCGUAUAUUUUUAUUUCUCUUUUUGUAAUUUCCGAAUCUUUUAUACAUCCAUAUUAAUAAAUAAUUAUGUAGUAUUUUCUAAA